AUGUGGCACCCGAGAGCAUCGCCGUUUUUUUCCUCGCAAGCCGUCGGUUCAGGCCUUCUCUCCUUCUUUCUCCUCGAGACCCCACCUAAAAAAGAAAGCUCGCUUCUCUAGUUGAUCAUCAUGCCGAGUCCGACUUUGACGACCCUCCACGACUCGCGUUCCUCUUCGCACGAGGGCAAGCGCUCGGGCUCGGUCGCUUACGGCGUCGGACCCAGCGCCGGCGCGGGUGGCGACCUCGACACGAGCGCCGGUGUCGAAAACAUGACCGUGAUCGUCCCGUCCAUCUCACGAGGGGUGCGCAAAAUGCAAGCUCUGCAACGUCGCUUGAAUCUCAAAUAUCUGUCGUUGCUCUACGGUGGUUUCGCGUUGUUGGCUUUCGUCAUGAGUUUGGGUGAGUGUCGAGCGAAGCUCGUUUUCGGAGGCCGCCGAGGGGACUCGGAGCGACUGACAAGUCCGAUCUUUCUUGUUCGAUUUGCGCGAUGUGGUCGGUUAUUCGAAUUUGACGUGACAGAUCAAUAGUUAGUCUAAUGGCUUUUUUGGUUUACUUCGAACUCGUUGUCUGAUCUUUCCUCCUGUACUCCCCGACAGCACCUCCGGAGCCUACCUCACCAACGCGACGUCGGUGUCGUUCCAGGCCCAUUCGACGCUCGCGACGAUCCGAACGCUCAAGUCCGUCUUCCAGGCCGUGUCGCAGCCGCCGAUCGCCAAGAUCUCCGAUGUCGCCGGUCGUGUCGAAGCCUAUGUGAUGUGUGUUGUUCUUUACGCCGUUGGUGAGUCGAGCUAUCUUUGUCGUUUCAUUAUCGUGAUCUUGAUCCUGGUGAACUUUCUUGCGAACCUGCGCAGGUUACGCCAUCGCUGCAAGUGCCAAUAGCAUCUACACGUACGCCGUCGGCAACUCCAUCUACGUUCUCGGAAUCACGGGUCUCUUCCUCCUCCAAAAUAUCAUCAUCUCGGAAAUCUCGUCGACGCGAAACCGUCUGUUCUGGUCCAUCUUCCCCUCGAUCCCCGGAACGAUCAACGUCUGGGUCUCUGGUAACAUCACGGCGUCCGUGCUCGAGACGACGACCUGGCGAUGGGGUCUCGGAAUGUUCUGCAUCCUCGUACCAGCGAUGGCGACGCCAAUUAUUCUUACGCUGACCUACGGUAUGCGCCCUCACAAGAAGCACGUCGACGGUAGCCCGAUCAAAUCCGAAAAAUCACUCCAAGACGACGAAGAGGACGUCGCUUCGACAAUCGUCAACGGCCCGACCAUCUCGGACAACAAGACUUUAUGGGCCAAGACGGUCGCCAUCUUCUGGUCACUCGAUCUCGUCGGUCUUCUCUUCCUCGUCGGCGGUGCGGGUAUGGUACUCGUCACCAUCACGAUUGCAAACGGCCGAGGCUCCAAGUGGUCGGACCCGCACUGCAUCGCGCUUCUAACCGUUGGCGGUCUUUGCGUUAUCGCCUUCGUUCUUUGGGAGGCCUACGGCGCUCGUCAUCCUUUGAUCCCUUUCUCAUUGAUGACGAACCGCACCGUGAUCAUCGCUUUGAUCAUUGCCGUCGUCCAUCCCGCUGCAGGAGGUGCGAUCGGUUCCUACUUUUUCACUUUCCUUCGCGUCGCCGCGAACCAGUCCAACACCUCGGCGACUCGGAUCGUCAACCUCGCAUCCUUCACGGGCACGCUCACCGCCGCAGUGGCGGGUGUCGCAGCGCGUUACAUCCGUUACCUCAAGCCUAUCAUCCUCUUCGGCUUCACGAUCGAGGUUCUUUCCUUCGGCCUGAUGAUCCGCUACCGCCAAUCGACGAACUCGCAGGCCGAUCUCGCGAUGGUCCAAGUCGUUCGUGGUUUCGGUGUUGGAUGCAUUGGCUUCCCCGUCCAAGCUGCGAUCCAGACCGUUUCAAGGCACGAACACAUCGCUGCAAUUACAGCUGGGUACUUGACGAUCUACUACCUCUCGAGUGGUAUCGGAUCCGCAAUCGGUGGUGGUAAGCUCUCCCCAGUCCCCCCACUCCGCAGUCAAUGGCUCUUCCCAACGCGAAAAUAAAAUAGUUCACUGACCGUGUCUCCCACGUUCUAUCUUCCCCUCAGGUAUUUGGACGAACCUUGUCCCCGAUAAGCUGGCGCACUACAUGCCCGACCAAACGCUCGUCAGCUCGGCCUACCAGAACCCGAUCGGUUUCAUCGCUCGUUUCGCACCGGGCACGCCCGAACGCCUCGCCGUUUCCCGAGCGCACGAUGAAACGCAACGUAUCAUCGUCAUCGCCGGAACGUGCAUCGCCGCACUGGGUUUGAUCGCCGCGCUCUUCCUCGAGAACGUUAGAUUGACGGACUCGAGCUCGAUCGAGAGAGACGAGGAGGGGAACUAUAUCUCCGAUCGUACGCCCCGGUCGAAAGGCCGGCGCGCCGGGUGUAGUUGCGAGUGA